GUUGAGGGUAACAUGGCGACGUCUAAUUUGCUACUAAAGAACAAAGGCUCCCUUCAAUUUGAGGACAAAUGGGAGCUGAUGCGUCCCAUAGUGCUGAAGCUGCUGCGGCAGGAGUCCGUCACCAAACAGCAGUGGUUCGACUUGUUCUCAGACGUCCACGCUGUGUGCCUGUGGGAUGACAAAGGUCCAGCAAAGAUCCACCAGGCCCUCAAAGCGGACAUCCUAGAGUUCAUCAAACAAGCACAAGCACGAGUGUUGAGUCACCAGGACGACACGGCGUUGCUGAAGGCCUACAUCGUGGAGUGGAGGAAGUUCUUCACGCAGUGUGACAUCUUGCCCAAGCCUUUCUGUCAGCUGGAGAUUACUCUGAUGGGCAAGCAAGGAAGCAACAAGAAGUCCAACGUGGAGGACAGCCUGGUCCGCAAACUGAUGCUGGACACGUGGAACGAGUCCAUUUUCUCCAACAUCAAAAACAGGCUACAAGAUAGUGCCAUGAAGCUGGUCCACGCUGAGCGGCUGGGAGAGGCCUUCGACUCCCAGCUGGUCAUCGGAGUGAGAGAGUCCUACGUGAACCUGUGCUCCAACCCUGACGACAAGCUGCAGAUCUACAGGGACAACUUUGAGAAGGCGUACAUGGAUUCUACCGAGAGGUUCUACAGGACACAGGCGCCCGCCUACCUCCAGCAGAAUGGGGUCCAAAACUACAUGAAAUAUGCUGAUUCGAAGCUGAGGGAAGAGGAGAAGCGUGCUCUGCGAUACCUGGAGACGAGACGUGACUGUAACUCUGUACAAGCAGUGAGUGUUCUACAGUCACACUCCAAUGUUCUAUGGAGUGUCCUCUCUCUUUUACAAAGUGAAACUUGUGUUAAUAAGAUGCAGUUUUUGUUUUUAUAUAUUUUUUUAUAUACUUUUUUUUUCUUCACUGUAUUUUGUAUUAGUUUUAAUUUCAUGUUGAUGCAUUUACACUUUUUUUUAUAUUUGUGUGUAUAUACUUGUAUACAUUUGACUUUUAUAUUUACUUUUUAUGAAAAGAACAGUUUAGGGAAAUAUGUACUAGUGCGUUUCCUUUGUUUCCGACUGAUAUUAGAAAUCUCCCAACUCUCUCUAGUGUUCAACCAUAGAAACUAAACUCAUCUGUCGAGAGCCUUUGCUCACAGACUGUUUCGCUCAAACAGGAGUGGACGGAUCAACUUGUGUUUGUCAAAGAAUAGUUACAGCGCAUAACUAAACAAACCACAAGUUUUCGACAUGAGAUUAAAAUCUUAUCUCUGUUUCAGAAACAAAACAAUCGAGCCCGUUUCCCCAAAUGUUUGUGCUGCGCACAUCUCUCUCGUGUUUCCGCUGCAUUGU